AGCUAGCGACGUGCUCGUGUAUUGUCACUGGAAGAAACAGCGGCAAAGAGCAGUGCAGAUCGACGAUUAUUCCAAUUGAAGGUCUUGCUUGACUUGUGCUACUGGGCCAUUGGACGUUCUUUGUGAAGAAACACUGAAUGCUUUCAAUAGGCAGUCUCUUCUUUCAUUGGAGAGAGAAGACCAUAGCUGUGCUGGGGGAAACGGUGGGAAAUCUAGGCUGAUGAUCACAGCCCUCCAGCGGGUACAGACCUAGACAGAGGAGGCUGACUGGGUGGAUCCCGUAGCCAGACAGGGUGCACUCCUCUGGGGGAUGGAAGCAGCAGGAUUCCCCUGUGAGUGCCACAGAUCUCCAUGGUGUGAUUGUGUAGAAGAAGAAUAGCCCUGCUGUUAUCUCAUCCCUCCUUUCCUCUCUUCAUCCCUCUCUCCCCCUCCCCUGCUCAUUGAGGAUGAGAGUGAGGUGGGACUACACGUCACCUGCAAUAGCAGACUCGCACAGAGAGAGGGUCAUGCCUAGGUCACUCUUCCUCUUGCUUCUCUUCCUCUCAUCCCUCUGCUCCACCUGUCUGUCUAUCCAUGCGGAGACAGCAGAGAGCCACAGUACGUUUACAUGUGAGCCAGUAGGACUGCGGAUGUGCCAGGACCUGCCUUACAACGCCACCUUCAUGCCCAACCUCCUCAACCACUACGACCAGCAGACGGCCGCACUCGCCAUGGAGCCCUUCCACCCCAUGGUGAACCUGCAGUGUUCGGAGGACCUGAGGAUGUUUCUGUGUGCCCUCUACGCUCCAGUCUGUAUGGAGUAUGGCCGCGUGUCCAUGCCCUGCCGAGCCCUGUGCCACCGCGCCAAGAGAGACUGCCACAAACUCAUGGAGAUGUUUGGGGUGGCCUGGCCAGACGAGACAGAGUGUAGCAGGUUCCCAGACUGUGACGAGCCCUACCCCCGUGCGGUGGACCUCCAGACCAGUGCAAAUCCUACCGAUAUCUCUCCCAUGUCUGUCCAGAGGGAUUUCGGCUUCUGGUGCCCCCGCAAGCUCAAAAUGGAACCCGACCUGGGCUACUCAUUCCUGGGCGUGAGGGAGUGCUCGCCCCCCUGCCCCAACAUGUACUUUCAGCGCCCGGAACUCACCUUUGCCCGCUACUUCAUCGGCGUGGUUUCCAUCGUCUGUCUCUCGGCAACACUCUUCAGCUUCCUCACCUUCCUCAUCGACGUCACGAGGUUCUGCUACCCGGAGCGGCCAAUCAUCUUCUACGCCGCUUGCUACAUGAUGGUGUCGCUUGUGUUCUUCCUGGGCUUCCUAUUGGAGGACAGGGUGGCUUGCAACGCGGCGAGCCCCACCCAGUACCGGGCGGCCACCAUCACACAGGGCUCCCACAACAAGGCAUGCACGCUGCUGUUCAUGGUGCUCUACUUCUUCACAAUGGCGGGAAGCGUGUGGUGGGUCAUCCUCACUAUUACCUGGUUCCUGGCGGCUGUGCCCAAGUGGGGCAGCGAGGCCAUCGAGAAGAAGGCCCUUCUCUUUCACACCUGUGCCUGGGGCCUGCCCGGCUGCCUCACCGUGGCCCUGCUGGCCCUCAACAAGAUCGAGGGCGAUGGCGUGAGUGGCGUGUGCUUCGUGGGCCUCUACGACGUCACGGCGCUGCGCUGGUUCCUGCUGGCGCCGCUUUGCCUCAACGUGUUGGUGGGUGUGGCUCUGCUUCUGACGGGGAUCGUGGCGCUUAACCGUGUGCGUAUGGAGAUCCCUCUGGAGAAGGAGAACCAGGACAAGCUGGUGAAGUUUAUGAUCCGUAUCGGGGUGUUCUCUGUGCUUUACCUGGUGCCCCUGCUUACGGUCAUCUCCUGCUACCUGUAUGAACACAGCUACAGGUCUGUCUGGGAGACCACCUGGGUCCAGGAGCGCUGCAGAGACUACCACAUACCCUGUCCCUUCCAGGUUGAGCAGACCAGUCGUCCAGACCUGGCCCUGUUCCUCAUUAAGUACCUGAUGAUGCUGGUGGUGGGGAUUCCCUCAGUUUUCUGGGUGGGCAGCAAGAAGACCUGCUUCGAAUGGGCCAGCUUCCUACACAGACGCAGAAACAAAGAUAGUGGGGUGAAUGAGAGCAGACAGGUGCUCCAGGAGCCAGACUUUUCCCAGUCUCUACUGAGGGACCCCCACACCCCCAUCAUCAGGAAAUCACGGGGAACCUCCACCCAGGGCACCUCCACCCAUGCCUCCUCCACUCACCUGGCCAUCCUGGACGAGCCUGACGACCCUAGACAUGCCCCUGAUGACCGCAGACCAAUCCACUCGCUGGGCCACACUUCCUCCACCCGCAGCAAGGCUGGCAGCAUGCACAGCAAGACCAGUUACCAUGGCAGUCUACAUCGCUCCCGAGACGGACGCUACACCCCCUGUAGUUACCGAGGCGGCGAGGAGCGCACUCUACCCCCCUACGGCAGCACGCCCCGCCACGACCACAGCCUCCACGGUCUGGAAGCCCAAUCACAGCACAGCAGCCAGUGUGAUCUCUCCGUGGCCACACCCACCCUUAUCACCCAAGGGACGAGCUUCGGCCGUGUCACUAAUAAUGGUGACAAUGGAGCCAGCGCCUGACCGGAAACAGGAAAUUAUGUCAUCACUGCUGAACAGGAAGUUGUCAGUUGUCCCGCUCCCCACCUUCGACAUACACACAGGUCCAUCCCAUUCAGGAGGAAUGUGUGAGAGAGGAAGUGGGGCCUUCAGUUUGACUGACAGAUGGAUCACUCCUGGACAGCUUUUCACAGAGGUUGCUAAGUAGCGAGAUGCUAACCCUUAAUCAGUCAGUUGGACUUGGAUUGGACUCAAUCAGUCAGUUGGACUUGGAUUGGACUCUCUAUAGAGGGAAUGGCUUCAUGGCCAGAAAGCCAGCCCACUAUGAAUGAGGGGGAAUGUGUGUGUACUCUGAUACACACCAAGAGACCCAGAGAUGAGCUGAUAAGGUCUACUCUGUGUGUGUGUUACAGUGCUCUUUUGCUGUGGUUGUGAAACAAGACUAUUAUAUUUUUUUAUACUGUGAAGAUUGGCUGUGAGUACUGCUGAAAAUAUGAGCGUGAGUGUACUUGUAGUGCAGUACUAUACUCCCACCUGGUGGAGAGAAACUAUAGAAGCUAGGAGAGAUCAAUGCCUAGGCCCUACUUCCUAGGCACUCCUGUAGGUCAGUAAGGAUGAAUAGGGUUAAAUAAUAAGGUCAUUUCUUCAACUUGUCUUAUGAUAUGAUAGGUGAAAAACAUUUGGGGCCGAUUGCUUCAGAAGUGCGUAGGGAAUAGUUGCUAGGGAUCGAUUUGGGAUUCAGAAAGUUAGGGAAAAAGUUAGGGAAAAAUAGGGAAGGACAGAUGGAGGUUGGAGUAGUGCUUAUUAUGCUGCUGCUUCAGAGCUAAGCAGAGAGGGAUGUGGGGGAUGGGAGG